AGAUGGACCGAUGGUCUGACUCAGUAUAUGGCAGCUUCCUAUGUGGUGCUGGGUGUCCUGCUCGCCAGAGGACUUGAGGCAUUCAUUUCUGGUGAGUUGGCAAGUCGACUUGGAGAUACCCGCAGAUCCCUAUAUUUGUGGUCUUCUCGGAAGGCAUAACACAGAGUAGAUCAAUUUCUCCCUCCUUCACUGACCUCUUGGAUUCACAUUAAAAUCCACCCACUUGAAAGUGGUUCGAUUCUUCUUUAAAAUAUCAGUUGGAGCUUCUUUCUGGUACACUCAAGAGUAGCUACAAAAACAGACUAUUUCUGUGCAUACCACAAAAGCCAUACAAGGAGGGAGUAAGUUCCUGUCCUGGGUUUUCCUGUGAAAUGACUCAGAAUAAACCCUCCACACUGGAGGAAAUGUGCAGCAGGAGCUGUUGGAACACCACACAACCCUGCACGGAGAGUUCCAGCUGAAGAGCACAGGUGGAAAGAGCUCCAGCAGGAGGACGCUGUCUCCAAGGAAGAACCUUCCCAGGGAACUGGAAAGCGACCUGUGAUCCCUACUCCUUUCUCCCUCUGCAUUUCUGGUCUGCCAUAUGUGUUGACAUCUCUCUCAAACAUCCAAAAGCUCCGGUCUUCAUCCACCAAUGAAUCACCAGCUCAACUGGAUAUCAACCCCAGGAGCUGCACCUGGCCAUCCUGAACCUCCUAGGUGUCCUCUCCAUGUGUGGCUGAAUCUUCAACAGCACCAGCCUCUGGAUCUUCUGGUUCAAAAUCAAGCUCUGGGAUUCAGGCAUCUUGCUGCAGUUCAACCUCGCCUUGGUGGACGCCAUCAUCCUCCCCGUCGCCCCACUGAUGGUGACCUGCUUCAGUCUGGGCAACCACUGGCCCUUUGGUGAGUUCCUGUGCCAGCACCAGGUCUUCUUCCUCAGCACCCACCUCUACGGCAGCAUCUACUUCCUGACGCUCAUCAGCUUCCACCGGUACCUGGCCAUUGUCCACUACAACACCAAGACCCUCUGGAGGCAGAAGUCCUUCUUGAAGAAGCUGGUCGUGGCUUUCUGGGCCAUCAUCUUCCUUCAAGGGCUGCCCUUCUUCUUCUUCCUCAAGACAUUGGUCAUCGGCAACACGGUUGUGUGCUUGAACAUCCACCAGUUGGAGCUGUCUGUGCUAUAUCUGACCUAUAGUGCCGUCCUCCUCAUUUUUGGCUUCCUUCUCCCCUUGGCCGUCUUCUCAACUUCCUACGUGAUGAUGGGGAUCUACAUUUCCCGAAUCAGCCAAGCCAACCUCCGAGGCAGGUAGGUGAAGAUUAAAUCCAUGCAGAUCUUUGCCGCCUGCCGACUUCCCCUCCACGCCUGCCGGAUAGUGAUCACCAUUGCAAAAUAUUUUGAGAUAUCUUGUGAGUGUCUGUGUGACUUAGAAGUGCCCUACAACACUUGUCUGGUCUUCUCAAUGGUCAAUGGUUGCCUCGAUCCUUUCAUCUACAACUUUGCCAACGAGAAAUUCAACCAGUCCUUUCCGAGAUCACUGAGAGGGCUGCUGUUCUCCAAGUGAGGAGGAGGAGAACCGGAAUCUCCAUGUGUCUUCUCUAAAUAGCUGCAACAACUAAACUCUGGAUUCUACUCUGUAACUGGAGUGGCUAACUUCUCUGGUGCUCUGUUAAUUAAUCACAAAACCCAUCACGGGUGGAUUACACCCUCCAUCAACUUCUGCUCAGGAUUGUGUGUGAAAAACUGCUACGUGGUUCCCUUCCCUCCCACCCUCAUCACCCAGGACAGUUUGGCGGGAAACCCCAUUUCCCGCCAAAGAAUGCACCAGUACUUCAAUUGUCUUUCUGGCAAACGGAGCCGUUUCUAAGAACAGACCCCUUCUGUCCACACUGCAAAAGCCAUGUAAGGAGGAGUAAGCUUCCAUCUUCGGCUUUUUGGUGACUCAAGAGAAAACCUCAAAGAAGAAGGAAGUUCUCUGCGAACAACAGAGCAACACACGGAGCGCUUCAGCAGGACAGGCUCUGAUAGAAAGCAGCCCCUCCAAGGAAGUGGUCAGGACCAGGGGGCCGGGGGAAAAGGCCUGCCCUCUCUCCUCGCCUGCCUUUCUGGUCUGGCGCCCGGGUUGACGACUCUCUCGAGCACCUGGAAGCCCCCGGUCUUCGCCCACCAAUGAACACCACUAACGCAACCAGGUGCCAGCCCCAGGAGCUGCACCCGGCCAUCCCGACCUUCUUGGCCAUCCUCUCCUUGGGCGGCCUCAUCUUCAACAGCAUCAGCCUCUGGAUCUUCUGGUCCGUCAUCAAGCGCUGGAAUUCGGGCAUCUUCCUGCAGUUCAACCUCGCCUUGGUGGACGCGGUCGUCCUCCCGGUCACCCCGCUGAUGGUGGCCUAUUUCAGCCUGGGAAGCCACUGGCCCUUUGGCGAGUUCCCGUGCCAGCUCCAGGUCUUCCUUCUCAGCACCCACCUCUACGGCAGCAUCUACUUCCUGAUGCUCAUCAGCAUCCACCGGUACCAAGCCACGGUCCACUACAGCAUCAAGUCUCUCUGGAGGCAGAAGUCCUUCUUGAAAAAGGUGGUCUUGGCCUUCUGGGUCAUCCUCUUCCUGCAGGGCUUGCCCGUCUUCUUCUUCUUCAAGACCUCGACCAUCGACAGCACCGUCUUGUGCCUGAGCAUCCACCAGUCCGAGCUCUCUUCCCUGUACCUGAUCUACAGCAUCAUCCUGGGACUUCUCUGCUUCCUCCUCCCCUUCGGCAUCUCCAUGACCUCCUACGUGAUGCUGGGGCGCUACAUUUCCCAAAUCAGCCAAGCCAACCUCCGAGGCAGGUUGGUGAAGACCAAGUCCAUCCAGAUGAUCACCAUCGCCCUGGUGAUCUUCGCCGUCUGCUUCGUGCCUCUCCACAUCUGCGGGUCAAUGGCCGCCAUCGUCCGGUACUAUAACAUGUCCUGUGAGCAUCUGCACCAUGUGGAAAUCAUCUACUACGUCUCACUGGUCUUCACCAUGGUCAAUUGUUGCCUCGACCCUUUCAUCUACAACUUUGCCAACGAGAAGUUCAACAAGGCCUUUUCCCACGCCCUCCGAAGACCGUGGUUCUCCAAGUGAGAAGAGUCCCCUUGGAGAAGGAUCGGUGAUUCCUUCAAUCUUUUCCCUCUCAGGAAGAUGGCUCUUCGGAGUACAGCAUGGAGUUCCGUAGAGCAACUGACCACAAGGAACUCGGCACUUCUGGGAAACCUCCAUGCUAGUCCUGACAAGGCUUGCCUAUUGCUGUCCCCAAGAAAGGACAGUUUCUUGGACCUCCUUGCUACCUUUUCUUUGGAAACUGAUGGCCUUUGAUUGCACUCAGAGCCGAGGAAAUGAAGGUGAAAAACGGAGAGCUUUGCAACCCGCGGGGAAAACUGCAGCGGCACCAGAGGUACAAGAGGGGGCCCGCUGAUUCCUGCCACUUUGCCAAGGAUAUCCUGAAGGGUGUGUGGUUUGGUUAGAAUUCUGUCCCUUUCCCUCAGCUCUGGUGCCCAAAAAGAACCUAUACAGAAGUCAAAGUGGGAGUUGGAUUCGUACACCAAUCUGGCCUCAUUGGAUUCCAGGGAUGGCUUGAGGUCGGGGUGGGAAGGGAGCCUGGAUGUCCCUUAAGCUGAACUCAAGGGUGGUAUUAUACAAAAAUGUGAAAUAAAUGAAUAACUUUGGGCAUCC